UCCGUUGUGCGAGUUGGGAGGCUGACUACAAAAGGUGGCAGGUAGAACAGUCCAAGCCAGAGUGUUCAGCUUUUACUUCUUCGCAACAAGUUUUACUUUUUUACAACCAUGAUGCAAACAUUCUGCAUUAUAUUUGUCUUUCAGCUGUUGGCUCUAACUGGGGCGACUGAAAGUGGCAUUGUAGGUGGUAAAGACUCAAAGCCUCAUUCCAGACCCUACAUGGCAUCACUCCAGUUCAAUAACAAACACUCAUGUGGCGGGAUACUUAUUCGGGAGGACUUUGUUCUAACUGCAGCACACUGUAAACAACCUCAGAACAUGACAGUGGUACUAGGGGCACAUAACAUAAGCAAGACAGAACGAAGUCAGCAACGGAUCCGAGUGGCUGAAUACCACCCGCAUCCAAAAUUCGCCGGGAAACGGGAUUAUGAUAUUAUGCUACUUAAGUUAAAAAACAAGGCCAAACUGAACAAGUAUGUGAAGACCAUUGGAUUACCUAAGAAAGAUGGGAAAACCCCCGCCAAUGUUAACUGUGUCGUUGCUGGCUGGGGCCAAACUGGACCCCAGAAGCCUGCUUCAGAAGUACUGAAGGAAGCCACAGAGAAGAUUCAAUUCAACUUUGAGUGCAAAAGCAUAUGGCAGCAGCACUUCAAUGUUAAUCACAUGAUCUGCACAAAGUUUGACAAAAAGAAGGGAGGAAUUUGCCAGGGUGAUUCCGGUGGACCACUUAUCUGCAACAGCAAGCCUCAGGGUAUAACAGCCUUUACUGUCCAAAACGAAUGCAAUAAUCCAAAGUAUCCCCAUGUCUUCACUAAAAUAAGUUUCUUUCUUCCCUGGAUUAAGGAAAUCAUGAAACGAAAGGGGAAUGUUGCCUGAGCUACUAUUCAGAGGCCAAGAAUGUUGUCCUUUCUUCACUUGCUUAUUAAAUAACAUGGCUUAAUUAAGUAUGGAGUUAAUUGAUGAUGUGAACAAAAAGCACAAUGAUUGCUUAAAAAAAAUAUCUGGCAUUACAGAAUUGUUGAAAUUGGAUAAUUUAACACAAAAUCUUACUGUACAUCGAUAGCGUGUGCCUAUGUCCUUUCAUGCCAUCUUGCUAGAGCACAUCUCUUUCAUUUCUGAAAAAAAGCUUCAAUUCCUUUUUGUGCAAAGUUUUAUGCAAAGUUUUAUGGGCUAUGUACAUAUUUAUCUUUAAUUUUUAAAACUCAUUAAAAUUUUUUAUCUAUUA